CUUCCGGCCAUCCCCAGCCCCACCUUAAGGUUAAGGAGAAGCGUAUCGACCUCUCCCCCUUUCCCUAUCGGAGAAACGUCGAAGAAGAAGAAGAAGCAGCAGCAGAAGAAAGCCUCUCUGUAAAAUUCAAAGCGUCUUGGACUUUCCUUCUUCCCCAAAUUAGGAUCUGUACAGAAUUUGGGCGUUUUGUGCCGAUUUCUGCUUCUCGCGCCUCCUUGUGCUUUUAAGUCUGGAUCUGGGGUUUCCUGGAAAAUUCGGGUGUGAAAUUAAAGUCAAGGAGGUGCGAUAAGGGGAAAUGGUGGUUCCUACUAUUGCACUGUACGCGAGUCCGCCGAGUAGUGUGUGCUCGACGCCGCAUCCUUGCCAGAUCAACUCUCACGCGUCGUAUGAUUUCGAUUUGAACGGCCGAUCGUCGUCUUCGUCGUCGUCGACCGCAUCGUCGUCGCAGAAGCCGGUGGUCGGCGGCCUCUCAUGCCUGUUCUCGGUAAAGCACGCCUCGUCGGCGAGCUAUUCGAAUGGGAGCGAGGAAUUGGGCUCGUUGUGGCACGACAGAGGAGACGAAUUAAGCUGUUCGUUUCGCUGCACGCCGUAUUCUUCGUUGGGUUCGUCUAUGAGGAGAGAUCAGAGCCCCGUAUCAGUGCUUCAAGGCCCGGUUUCGUGCAGUAGAAGUCCGCCGAUGCGAAUUGCUAGGGAGAAUAGUGUUGGAGAUCUGAAUCUUCAGGUUUCGGUUCGGUCGGGGACUAGUGGACUGUUUAACGGGUUUGUUCGGCAUGCGUUGGGGUCUUGUGUGGAUUAUAAUUCGCUUGAUGUCCAUGCCUCAUUAGAAGAACUUCCGUUUAAUAUGGAGGACACUUUUAUGGAGUCCAAACCUGAACCAUACGCUAAAGAUUUGCUUUUGGGGGCACAACUGAGACACAAGAUAUUCCAUGAUGAUUUGGUUGUCAAGGUAUUUUAUGCAGCUGAGAAAGCUCAUAGGGGGCAGGUGCGAGCAAGUGGGGAUCCCUAUUUAAAACAUUGUGUGGAGACGGCGAUCUUGCUCGCAAUGAUUGGUGCGAACUCCACAGUGGUUGCUGCCGGUCUUUUACAUGACACGCUUGAUGAUUCUUCUAUGAGUUAUGACAGCAUUUUACAGACAUUUGGAGCUGGUGUUGCUGAUUUGGUGAAAGGGGUAUCUAAACUAAGUCAUCUGAGCAAGCUUGCACGUGAGAACAAUACCGCAAAUAAAACUGCUGAGGCAGAUCGCUUGCACACCAUGUUCCUUGCAAUGGCUGAUGCCAGGGCUGUCCUCAUAAAGCUGGCUGAUCGAUUGGAUAAUAUGAUGACACUAGAUGCAAUACCUCCGGUCAAGCAACAAAGGUUUGCCAAGGAAACGUUGGAAAUUUUUGCACCUUUGGCCAAUCGGUUAGGUAUUUCUAGUUGGAAAGAGCAACUUGAAAACCUGUGUUUUAAACAUCUAUAUCCAGCACAGCACAAAGAACUCUCUUCCAGACUUAUGGAGUCCUUUGAUGAGGCAGUGGUUACUUCAGCAGUAGGGAAGUUAGAGCAAGCGCUUGAUGGUGCAGGCAUUUCUUACCAUGUGCUAUCGGGGAGGCAUAAAAGCCUGUACAGCAUAUAUGCCAAAAUGUUAAAGAAGAAGCUGACCAUGGAUGAAAUACAUGAUAUUCAUGGAUUACGAUUGAUAGUUGAAAAAGAGGAGGAUUGUUACAAGGCAUUGGGAGUUGUUCAUCAAGUGUGGUCUGAAGUACCUGGAAAGUUGAAGGACUACAUAAAUCAUCCCAAGUUUAAUGGGUAUCAAUCUCUACACACAGUCGUGAUGGGUGAGGGGAUGGUUCCACUUGAAGUGCAGAUUCGAACCAAAGAGAUGCAUUUACAAGCUGAGUUUGGAUUUGCAGCUCAUUGGAGAUACAAGGAAGGUGAUUGUAAACACUCAUCCUUCGUGCUUCAAAUGGUUGAGUGGGCUCGUUGGGUAGUCUCCUGGCAAUGUGAGAAAAUGAGCAGGGAUCAAUCGGCCCUAAUUUGUGGGGACUCCUUCAAACUACCCUGCAAAUUCCCUUCUCAUUCUGAAGACUGCCCAUAUUCAUACAAACUUAAUUGUGGCCCUGAUGGACCCGUCUUUGUCAUCAUAAUGGAAAAUGAAAAGAUGUCUGUUGAGGAGUUGCCGGCAAACUCGACAGUCUUGGAUCUGAUGGAAAGAGCAGGUCAAGGAAGCUCUAGGUGGAGUCCAUAUAGAUUCCCGGUGAAGGAAGAACUGAGGCCACGGUUGAAUCACGAGCCGGUGAGCGAUCCCUCGUGCAAACUAGAAAUGGGGGAUGUCGUGGAGCUCACUCCGGCCUUACCCGACAAAUCGCUGGUGGAGUACAGGGAAGAGAUCCAGCGCAUGUACGAUCGAGGCCUUACGGUAUCAACCUCCAAACAUGCUGCCGCCGCGGCCGCCGCUGCAGCUGGCUGCAAGUAACAUGGUUUCUUCCUGGAGAAGCUGACAGCCUGCUUGACACCUUGAGGUUCUUCCCCCUCUAGUAUUCUAUUACACCAUUUAGUGGCCACCAGUUCUUUUUUUUUUUUUGGAUCAGAAAAUGUAAAUUGAAUAGAUCAAAAAAUGAACAAGCAGAAAGUUAAGAAUUUCAUCGAUAUGGAAGCCAGAAAUCAUUUGUUGCA